CCAGGCUUAGUUCUCUGCUUCUGCUGCUGCUGCUUCUCCAGAACUGCAGAGAAAAUGCCUUUGGGCUACUUACGAUCGCCUCUUUUCUUCCUAUCAUGCUUCUAUCCUAUCGUGUUCUUUCAGGGCAUUUCAGCCACAGAAUUUGAAACAGAUCAGCCCCUGAUUCCUAGAGAAAAACUGUUGGUUUUGACAGUAGCAACACAAGAAACAGAUGGCUUUCACCGGUUUAUGCAGUCCGCAAAGUUUUUCAACUAUAAUGUUAAGGUUCUUGGCAGCGGAAUGGAAUGGAAAGGUGGUGAUGUAGCCAAUUCAAUAGGUGGAGGGCAGAAAGUCCGUUUGUUAAAAGAAGCUUUGGAAAGCUUUGCUGACCAAGAGGAUCUUCUAAUUCUUGUUACAGACAGCUAUGAUGUCCUGUUUGCUGGAGGCCCAGAAGAAUUGCUCAAAAAGUUCCAGCAAGCCAACCAUAAAGUUAUUUUUUCCGCCGAUGGCUUAAUAUGGCCAGAUAAACGAUUAGCUGAAAAAUAUCCUGUGGUGAGAAGUGGGAAACGAUUCCUUAAUUCAGGAGGAUUUAUGGGAUACCUGGCAAAUAUUAAGCAAAUUGUCCAACAAUGGAAUUUGCAAGAUAAUGAUGAUGAUCAACUCUUCUACACAAAAAUCUUCAUAGAUAACCCUCAAAGGGAACAAAUCAAUAUUACCUUGGAUCACAAGUGUAGAAUUUUCCAGAAUCUGAAUGGAGCAGUUGAUGAAGUUACGUUACACUUUGAACAGGGCAAAGCUAGAGCAAAAAAUUCUCAAUAUGACACAUUUCCAGUCUUAAUACAUGGGAAUGGACCAACAAAGGUUCAGCUGAACUUCUUUGGAAAUUAUAUACCCAAUGUCUGGACACCUGAAACUCCAUGCGGAACUUGUGAUUUGGAUACAAUUAAUUUAUCUGCAGCUACAGAGUAUCCAAAAGUAACAGUUGGAAUCUUUAUUGAACAACCAACACCAUUCCUGUCUGAUUUUUUCAACAGAUUGCUGGCUCUAGAUUAUCCAAUGGAAAAUCUCUUUUUGUUCAUCCACAACAGUGAAGUUUAUCAUGAAAAACACAUUCAAAAGUUUUGGGAAGAUGCCAAAGGUGUUAUUGGAAAUCUGAAAGUCGUGGGACCGGAGGAGACAAUCUCUCAAGCAGAAGCUAGGAACAUGGGAAUGGACACCUGCCGUCAGAAUAAAGAAUGUGAUUAUUACUUUAGCAUAGAUGCAGAUGUUGUAUUGACAAACCCCAAAACAUUAAAACUACUAAUUGAGCAAAACAGAAAGAUCCUUGCUCCUCUUGUAACACGACAUGGGAAAUUGUGGUCUAAUUUCUGGGGUGCCUUGAGUCCAGAUGGAUAUUAUGCAAGGUCGGAAGAUUAUGUGGACAUUGUACAAGGCACUAGAGUAGGCGUUUGGAAUGUUCCAUACAUGGCCAAUGUGUAUUUGAUUAAAGGAGAGACACUUAGGUCUGAAUUAAAGGAGAGAAACCAUUUUGCUAUGAACAGGCUAGAUCCAGACAUGGCACUGUGCCGAAAUGCAAGGGAAAUGAGUUUACAAAGAGAAAGAGACUCCCCAUCUUCGGAAAAUUUCCAUAUGCUCAGAGCCCCGAAGGGCGUCUUCAUGUACAUUACAAACAGACAUGAAUUUGGAAGACUUCUUUCGACUGCCAAUUACAAUACUACUCACUAUAAUAAUGACCUCUGGCAAAUAUUUGAAAACCCCGCGGAUUGGAAAGAAAAAUACAUUGAUCCAAACUACUCAAAGAUCUUCACUGAAAACAUAGUUGAGCAGCCUUGUCCAGAUGUGUUUUGGUUCCCCGUGCUUUCUGAAAAAGCUUGUGAUGAACUUGUACAGGAAAUGGAGCACUUUGGACAAUGGUCUGGUUCAAAAAAUACGGAUAAACGUAUUGCUGGUGGAUACGAGAACGUGCCAACGGAUGAUAUACACAUGAGCCAGAUCGGGAUGGAUACAGAGUGGCUUCAUUUCAUCAGAGAAUACAUUGCUCCAGUUACUUUAAAAGUAUUUGCUGGCUAUUACACCAAAGGACAUGCUUUGCUUAAUUUUGUGGUCAAAUAUACCCCAGAUCGUCAGUCAUACCUACGUCCUCAUCAUGAUGCUUCAACCUUUACCAUCAACAUAGCCCUCAACAAAAAGAAUGUGGACUUUUGGGGAGGAGGAUGUAAAUUCACUAGAUACAACUGCUCCAUUGAGUCACCAAGGAAAGGCUGGAGCUUUAUGCACCCAGGAAGACUCACACAUUUGCAUGAAGGACUUCCUGUUACCAAUGGAACUCGAUAUAUUGCAGUAUCUUUUAUUGACCCUUAAGCCUCCGUAUAACAAACUCCAGACCCAUGACGACCAAGAUAUUACCUUUUUUUAUGACAGAUGUCUAUUUAUAGAAUUUGUACCAAAUCGAAAUAUUUGUCAAUGUUUAAA